AUGGUUGAUUGCGGAUUCAACGAAGAAAAGCUUGAGUUUUUUGAAUUGACGUUUAGGGUUUAUGAGGAUAACGGAAUGUUCAAAGAGAGUGUGAGAAUGUUCCUGCAUUGGAGGAUGGUUGAAGGAUUGUGUAGGAGAGGAGAAGUUGAAAAGAGUAGAGAGUUGAUUGAUGAGUUCUUUCGUAAAGGAGUUAAACCCGAAGCUUAUACUUACAACACCAUUAUCAAUGCUUAUGUUAAAAAGAGAGUUUUUUUGGCUGGUGAUGAAAAGGGUCUUUCACUGAGUAGUCACACUUAUGGAAAAGGGUUUCAAGAUGCUUUUACUUAUAACACGGUUGCUAGUCGUUUAAGUAAAUUGAAACGAUAUGGUGAGGCAAAGCAGUGGUUAUUCACGAUGAUUGAUAGAGGUAUCAAGCCUAACACGGUUAGUUAUACUACUUUGAUAGAUAUUUACUGCAAAGAACGGAACUUGAAAGAGGCAAAGAAGCUGUUUGAAGUGAUGGGCAUCGAGGGAGAAGAACAACCUAAUGUUGUCAAUUACAAUGUGAUGAUCAAUGGGUACCACAAGCAAGAGAAAGUAAAGGAAGCUCGGAAACUAAGAAUCGUUGCUUUGGGGGACUGUGGCCACUGA